UUUAAUGUUAUCAGUCAUUUUAAGUUGUUUACAAUAUCCUAACCUCAAAAAUACAAUUUCUUACGUUUUCUGAAUAAAUAAAGUAUUUAGCGUACAAAAAUGUUAGCGGUUCAAGGCAUGAAUCAAUCAGGAAUCCCUGAUAAAAUGUGGCAGCCCCCAUUUGUAUCAUUUGAAACAACGAUGGGCGAAUUUACAGUAGAAUUGUAUUGGAAACAUGCUCCCACAACUUGUAGGAACUUUGCCGAGUUGGCUAGGAGGGGUUACUAUAAUAAUACGAUAUUUCACAGGAUAAUUCGGGACUUCAUGAUACAAGGUGGUGACCCAACUGGCACAGGUAAAGGAGGUCUCUCAAUAUACGGACAAACCUUCAAAGAUGAAAUACAUCCAGAACUAAAACACAGCGGGGCGGGUGUAUUAUCUAUGGCUAACUCGGGACCAGAUAGCAAUGGUUCACAAUUCUUCAUCACCUUGGCACCGACACAAUGGCUUGACGGUAAACACGCGAUUUUUGGCAGGAUACAUUCAGGAAUGACGGUAAUCAGGCGGAUUGGUUUGGUGGAAACUGAUAAAAAUGAUAAGCCAGUAGACGAAGUGAAAGUUCUUAGAGCUAAGAUAAUAAAGAAUUGAUUUUUUUUA